AUGCAAUCGAACAACUUUGCCAAGGACCGAAUUCUCGGAGUCCAUUCAUUCACGGUGAAUGGAAUGCGUGUCUUCAAAACUGAGCAGUCCGAUGUGAGUCGAUCGUCUUUUUUGAUUUUUAAUCGUUUGUGCUUUACAGGAAUUGGUGGACUCUAAGCAGAGAAUAAAUCUGAGCGAUCAGCUGCUCAUCGGCCGUGAAGUUCUGCUGAAGGACGGAAUCAUUGAGGAGCUCGUCGAACUGAAUGUGAGCUCGGAAACAACCAGCUAACUCACUAUUCCUUUCUAUUUCAGAGCAAUGAGAUCUACCGCAUCGUGAGCGGCUUCGUCUACGCAAAGACCAGAAACGAUUCGUCGUUCCGAAUCUUUGUGCCCGGCUACAAAAUGGACUUUUUGCUCCCCCGAAAGAAGGAAAAGUAAGUGUCAGACUGCCUCUCAUCAGUGAGUAACCAAUGCGGUUCAGUGGAGGAGUGCGUUCGGACGGGGAGCACGUCGGCACUUGGCUCGACUUCACCGUCGACGUCCGCACCGCACACAUUCAACUGGAUCAGCCGAUCGAGAGAUCGCCACUGAACAGGUAUCCUGUUCAAAGAAACGGGAAUGUGUUCCAAGUGAGUGGCUGUUGGAAAACACCAAGAUCACUUAUACCCUUUCUCAGAUCCUGGUCCCUUGCACAAUGCAAGUUUCACCGCAGAUGACGACCAUCUUCACCUCACAGUUUGUUCACUUAAUUGCAGACGUUGGCAACUUUUUUGGUUAGUUGGAUACUGAUCUUUUGCUGUCUAAUAGUUCUUUUGCAAUUUCAGGCAAGUACGUGGCAAAGCCGUUCACAGGAGUUCAGCUUUGGAUCGAGUGCUUGAGCCAGUUCGAGGAUAGAAUAUUUCUUUCCGUUGGCAGCAAGCAACAACAUUUCGAACUCUCCAAGGACUUUGCGGAACUAACCAUUCAAGAGCAACAACAAAAGUGAGUUUAUGAUAAUAUUAACUCGUAUUCCCAACCUUCCUUCUUCAGCAAAUACAACCGUUCUCCAACGAAUGGAAACAGACCACACAACCAUCGGAACAACACUGAUACAAAACGACAAAAUGAGAAGAACUGUAAAAGGAAGUGAGUGCAUCGUGAGUGUAAAUGAUAAUAACCGGAUGCAAUUUCAGCUCUCGAAAAGGAAUGACCUUCAGGGAUGGAGACACUCUGCUCGAAGAGAAACGUCUUCCCAUAGAGCCCCGAAAUAAUUCGGACUAUUAUAAUCGGCAAUUCAAAAAUUCUUCUUCGAAUGACAUACCCAUACAAAACAACUUGAAGUGAGUGAAUAGUUCCAGCACGCUGCUUUACUGUUUUAUCGGUUUCAGUGAUAACAACCUUUUCCCGGAAGAACACAGCAUCGACAGCGGAACAGAAACGCGGUCACAGUCGCCUCAGCUGCAAAAUGGGUAUGCGGAACAUUGAAAGACUUCAUGCCUCAAAUUAAACUUUUCAGGAUGAGGAACUGGAAUCAAGGACAGCCCUAUUUUCUGCCAUCACCACCAUCACCACCUCAGAACCAGUAAGCACCAGCGGACGAAAGACAAACAAUGAUAUUUAAUUGCAGAUCAAACUGGAACCAAGAAUGGUCUAAUUCGCACUGGAAGGAGCCGAAUGAUCUAGAAAUGGCUCGUGAAUUGAACGAACGAAUCGACGAACUGUGUGCGCGGAAGUCUCCAAAUUGGCAGAUGACCGAACUCGAGAGAGCACUCCUGCAACUGCGAAAAAUACAGACGCGCCAGCUCCAACAGGCAAGCCUUACCGACAGUCAUACUGUUUCAAUCUGUCUCUCUUUCAGAGUACUGGAGAGUCGGUAACUAAUUUCCAAAACAGAGCAUUGAAGAACAACAUGUGUCAUGAGGAGGAAGGUAGAAGCUACCACGGAGCUCUUUGA